GCAGAGGGUCAAAAGUCUCUGAUGCGCUUCUUCCGCGUUGAGAAAUCCAAAGAAGUCAGAUUAGAACGACAGACGAGUUUCACUUAUAAAUAUAAAUCGGCAGAAAGGAAACAUCAGGAAAGUGGUAUAAUGUCAGCUGUGGGCCCCCUGCUGAGCUGCUGACUGUCACCUCCAGCUUCAUCCUCAUCUUCAUCAUGUCUGUGGGCGACAACCCUCACCUGCUGCUGGGCAGGAUCCGCUUCCUGAACCGCUGCAUCGAGUGCUUCAAGAGGAGCGAGGCGGUGCCGCAGUGUCUGUGUUUUGUUCCCAGAGAAGUCUGCUACAAGAUCUGCAAGGAUUCAUCCUCCUCUUCCUCCGGACCAUCCACAGGAGGAACUUCAGGAGGAGUCUCCACGGUGGGGAAGACGCUCGUGCCCGUGUUUGACAGCCCACACCAGACCCCAAACAUCAAGAAGCUAUGCAAGUACUACAUAGAGCCAAAGAAAGGGACCUGCAUCCGGACCACAGGGGAGGAGUUCUGCAACAGCCAGGGUCUGUGGGUGAAAAUCAGCAAGGAGCAGCUGGAGGAGCACCGUCCGGGCCAGGAGCUGGAGGAGGGCUGGAUCCUGGUGUGCAAACACACGGAGGGGGGGGACAGGCUGGUGCCGGUGGAGUCUCCGGAGACCAUCAGCCGACAGCAGCAGCUCUUCGGAUACGACCACAAGCCCUGCAACCGCUGGGAGCAGGUGGUGGGGGUGGAGAACGCCCUGCACAUCGGCUCCAAGCCCAAGAUCGCCGAGUGUGAUGAUUCUGCCGUCCAGAAGCUGAGGUUUGUUCCUCCCACCUGGUCAUACGAGUGUGACGAGGACCUGGUGCACUACUUCUACGACCACAUAGGGAAGGAGGAUGAGAACCUGGGCAGUGUGAAGCAGUGCGUCACCAGCAUCGAUGUUUCUUCAUGUUCGGAGGAUCCCAGCGGGGGGGCGAGCUACCUGACGGACGGCGACCCUGAGACGUUCUGGGAGAGCGACGGCAUGCAGGGCCAGCACUGGAUCCGCCUGCACAUGAGGAGAGGCACCGUGGUGAAUAAGCUGAUAUUGACGGUGGACUCCACAGAUGAUAACUACAUGCCCAAAAGAGUCACAGUGUACGGAGGAGAGGGAGACAACCUGAAGAAGCUCAGUGACGUCACCAUAGACGACAACCUGAUUGGAGAGGUGUGUGUGCUGGAGGAUAUGACGGCUCACCUGCCUGUGAUUGAGGUUCGGAUUGAGGAAUGUAGAGUUUCUGAUCCUGCAGAUGAGGGCAUAGAUGUCCGGAUCCGAGGCUUGAAGAUUAAAUCGUCCUGUGAGAGAGACCUGGGUCUGAACGCAGAUGUUUUCCAGUCCUCCAACCUGGUGCGCUACCCCCGCCUGCAGGGCAACACGCCCGACGUCCUGUACCGCAGAGCACUCGUCAUACAGAGGUUCAUCUGUCUGCUGGACAGCGUGCUCCCACACCUGGUUCCCGCCUGGGAUUACAGUCUGGGAACUUUCAACCAGAUCAAAAGCAUAAAGCAGUUCCUGCUGUUGUCCAAGCGGCGCUCGGCGCUCAUCACUCAGUGCCUGAAGGACUCGGAGACCAGCAAGCCCAACUUCAUGCCCCGACUCUACAUCAACCGCCGGCUGGCCAUGGAGCACCGAGACAACCCCUCUCUGGACCCCAGCUGCAAGAACGCUGUGCUCAAUCAGGUGUAUGAAGGCCUCAAGCCAUCUGACAAAUUUGAGAAGACUUUGGAUUACAGAUGGCCGGCGCGGUACGACCAGUGGUGGGAGUGUAAGUUCAUCGCCGAGGGGAUCAUCGAUCAGGGAGGAGGGUUUCGGGACAGCCUGGCUGACAUGUCGGAGGAACUCUGUCCCAGCUCAGCCGAGUGCGCCAUGCCGCUGCCCUUCUUCAGUCGCACGUCCAACCAGGGCUCCUUAGAAGCCAGAGAUUACUACGUCCCCAACCCGUCCUGUAGAGAGUUCAACAAGUACGAGUGGAUCGGCCAGCUGAUGGGAGCGGCCCUCAGAGGAAAAGACUUCCUGGUGUUGGCGCUGCCCGGGCUCGUGUGGAAGCAGCUGACCGGAGAGGCAGUCAGCUGGAACAAAGACUUCCCCGCUGUAGACUCUGUGCUGGUGAACCUGCUGGACGCCAUGGAGAACAUGGACCAGGAGACGUAUGAGUUCAGGUUUGGGGAGGAGCUGGUUUACACCACCCUGCUGAGCGACGGCCAGAUGGUGGAGCUCAUCCCCGGCGGCAGUAAUGUUGCCGUUGGUUACGAGGAACGCAGCGAGUUUGUCCGCCUGGUGCAGAAAGCUCGACUGGAGGAGAGCAGGCAGCAGAUCGCAGCCGUGCAGGCGGGGCUGCUGAAGGUCGUUCCUCAGGCCGUGCUGGACAUGCUCACCUGGCAGGAAGUGGAGAAGAAAGUGUGCGGAGACCCUGAGAUCACUGUGGAAGCCCUGAAACGACUCACACGCUAUGAGGACCUGGAAAUGAGUGACGUCAGAGUGCAGUACUUAUGGGACGCACUGACGAGCUUCACCAAUGAGGAUCGCAGCAGGUUUCUGAGGUUUGUAACCGGUAGAAGUCGUCUUCCUGCGCCGAUCUACGUCUUUCCUGAUAAAGGCAUGGAAACAACUGAUGCACUUCCACGCUCGUCCACUUGUUCCAGCACUCUGUAUUUACCCAACUACCCAAGUGCAAAGGUUUGUGAGGAGAAGCUGCGUUACGCUGCUUAUAACUGCGUGGCCAUCGACACCGACAUGAGCCCCUGGGAAGAGUGAUCGUCUCCUGCUGCUUACCUGAACAAACACUUUUCAAAUCACUGAUGAAUGAAGAAAAAUCACGCCAAUUGUAUCCACAUAUCGACACAACUGCCAAUUAAUCAUAGCUGUAUAUAAUAAAGAACUCUAUGGAAACAAUGAAA